AUGCACUCACACGAGCCUCUUCCGGUCACCGCGUCCGAGCUGCCACAAGAGCCGGCGACUCCGAUCGGCGACAACGACCUCCUCCUCGCCAAGCCGUUGGUCGUCGCCAAGGCGCCGUCGCACAGCUACCGGCCCGACAUUGACGGUCUCCGGACGCUCGCGGUCGUCCCCGUCGUGCUCUUCCACGCGUACCCUGCGGCUUUUCCCGGCGGCUUUAUUGGCGUCGACGUCUUCUUUGUCAUCUCUGGCUUUCUCAUCUCCGGCAUCCUCUUCAAGCAGUGCCGCAACGACACCUUUACGUACGCAGGCUUUUACGUCCGGCGCGUCCGGCGCAUCUUCCCGACGCUGAUUCUCGUCUUGAGCGCGACGUUCUGGCUCGGGUACCUCUACCUCAUGGCGCCCAAGCUCAAGGCAAUGGCAGCGACGAUGCUGGCGGGUGCACUCUUUAGCGCCAACCUCCAAGUGCUCUCGCUCACGCACUCGUACUUUGACAUUGACGUCAAGACCAACCCGCUCUUGCACCUCUGGUCGCUCGGCGUCGAGGAGCAAUUCUACAUCUUUUGGCCGCUGCUCGCGUCCAUCGUCAUGCGUCUCCGCUACCGCAAGGCGAUCGCACUGCAGCUAGCCGUCGUCGUCGUCAGCUUUGGCAUCAAUGUGAGUCUUCUCGGCGUCCAAGGCAGCAACAAGUGGUCGUUUUACAUGCCACUGAGCCGGUUCUGGCAGAUGGCGCUCGGUGGUCUCCUCGCCUACCUCCACUGCGCAACGACCGUUGAACUCGAGCCCGAGACAGAGACCGAACCUGAGACCGAACAAGAAACCUCGGUCCUCGAGCAUGCGGUGCAGCGCGUCGCAGCCAUGUACGUCGCCGCGGCGCCGUCAGGCCGCGACCAAGUCGUGUCGGUUGCCGGGCUCGGACUCAUCCUCCUCGGCUUUGCCAGCGUGAACGAAGACCGGCUCUUCCCGGGGUUCUGGGCUCUUCUCCCGACGCUCGGCGCCACGCUGCUUAUCGCCGCCGGUCCCGACGCCACCUUCAACAAGCAUGUCUUGAGCCACCCGCUGCUCGUGUACAUUGGCAAGAUCAGCUACUGCCUGUACCUCUGGCACUGGCCGCUGCUCGUCUUUGCCAUCGAGCGGUACCCGGACGCGAGCAGCCGCCCGACGUACAUGGCGCCGUGGGUCAUGCUCGGCAUCUCGCUGCUGCUGAGCGUGCUCACGUACGAAGAUGUCGAGAAGCGGCUCCGGCGCCGCACGUCCAAGCUCGUGACGCCGCUCCUCGUGCUCUGCGUUCUGGCGCUUGGGGUCCUCGCAGCGCUCGCGUAUGCGUCGCCGUCGCACUACUCGGCCAUCGAGCUCGACUUGGCGUCCAGUAUAGACGUUGUAGCCUCGGACGAGGUGGCGCUGGACACGGUCUUUGUUCCGCAGGUGGAUGCGAGCGCGGUGGUCGCGACAACAGCAGCGCCGGCAGGCGUGGUGCCGAUGGCGACUUUGGCGGCGGCAGUCGCGCAAAUGAACGCAUCGUCGGCGAUCGCAACAUCGAAUUCAUCCACGGAUCUUGCCCGCAGCACGAUUGCGCCGACGGCGGCCGUUACCGAGGUCAAGGUGACGACGGCAGCUCCUGAGAGUAAGGCGACAACGGCGCCAACGUCUGCAGUCCCCAAGCACGUAGCCAAGACGACGGUCAAGAUGGCCCGUCACGCUAUUACCGACGGUGAAUGGGACAAGCAGAUUCCUGGCUACUGCCCGACGGACACGCCGUACAUCACAACCGCCAAACUGCGCGAGCCAUUUCCGUUCAAGGACCCGACGUAUGCAGGGUACCCAGAGCGAUGCCAGGUUAUCAACCCCGGUCAUGAAGCCAACGGAGUCGUGGUCGUCCUCGGUGACUCUCAUGGAGACAUGUCCAAGCCUCGCUUUGCGCAGCUCUUCGACGAGAGUAUUGUGGCCAAGACGUCGUUCCCGACGAUCGUCUUCAAGACCCGCUGGGGCCGCGCGAUGCUGCCGUGCCGCCCCGAGUUCGCCCAGAACAUUGAGAUGCUCAAGACGCUCAAGCCGACUGUUGUGCUCUUUGUCGUGCACUGGGUGCAGUACCUCAACCCUGGCGCUCCGAAAGACGAGCCGGCAAGCCACCCACCGACCUGCUGCUUGUACGAAGGCGCCGCAUGUAAAGAACAGAGCUUGGCCGACGUGGACGCGAUUCUAGCAGAGUUCCAGAGCCAGCUGCGGGCCGUCGCCGAUCUCGGCGUCAAGGUCUUUGUCGUCGACCAGAGUCCCGAGUACGCGCGCAUGAACCCAAAGUCGUGGAUUCAAGGCGACACGGUCAAGCUUCCCGCGCCCGUGAGCCGCGCGGCCUUUCGAAGGGAGAUGGCGUGGCUCUUUGACCGCUUGCACCCGGCCUUCACAGCGGCCAACGCUACGGUGCUCGACUAUGCGGACGACUACUCGGACGGCGACAAGAUCAUGAUGGCGGACGCGUAUGGCGAGCCCACGAUGUGUUCUGGCGGCCACCUCACGACGUACACUGCGCGCAAGCAUCUCCACGUGCUGGACCAGGUCGUGCAGGCUGCAUUGGCCGUCUAA